GGUUCCGGGGCAGUGGCUGCUUCCUGCAGGCGGGCGGGGCGGUGCAGGCUCGGUGCCGCUCGGCUCGGCAGCCCCGGGCCCGCCGCAGCAUGUGAGCCCGCCGGGGCGGGGAUGCUCUGGCUGCUCUGCGGCCCCUCCCGCGCCAUGGAGAGCCAGGCGCUGGUGAUCCGCAUCAAGAUCCCCGACGGUGGGGCCGUCGACUGGACCGUGCACUCCGCGCCUCAGCUGCUCUUCAGGGACGUGCUGGAUGUCAUCGGCCAAGUUCUGCCAGAUGCAACGACAACAGCAUUUGAGUAUGAAGAUGAGGACGGUGACCGGAUUACUGUUAGAAGCGAUGAAGAAAUGAAAGCCAUGCUGUCCUAUUAUUACUCCACUGUAAUGGAACAGCAAGUAAAUGGACAGUUAAUAGAGCCUCUACAGAUAUAUCCAAGAGCCUGCAAACCUCCCGGGAAACGGAACAUACAUGGCCUGAAGGUAAAUACUCGAGCAGGGGCUGCUAAUAAUAGCAGCUCGGCCGUCUCGGAUUCCCUUCCAAGCAAUAGCUUAAAAAAGUCUUCUGCAGAGCUGAAGAAAAUACUUGCAAAUGGCCAGAUGAAUGAACAAGACAUACGGUAUCGAGACAUCCUCGGUCAUGGCAAUGGAGGCACAGUCUACAAGGCAUAUCAUGUCCCUAGUGGAAAAAUACUAGCAGUAAAGGUCAUACCCUUAGAUAUAACACUGGAACUCCAGAAGCAGAUAAUGUCGGAGUUAGAAAUUCUUUACAAGUGUGACUCAUCAUAUAUCAUAGGAUUUUACGGUGCUUUUUUUGUAGAAAACAGAAUUUCCCUGUGCACAGAGUUCAUGGAUGGGGGUUCUUUGGAUGUUUAUAGAAAAAUUCCAGAACAUGUACUUGGACGAAUAGCAGUAGCUGUUGUGAAAGGCCUUACCUAUUUAUGGAGUCUAAAGAUUCUGCACAGAGAUGUGAAGCCGUCUAAUAUGCUGGUGAACACACGAGGCCAGGUGAAGCUGUGUGACUUUGGGGUCAGCACGCAGCUGGUGAAUUCUAUAGCCAAGACGUAUGUUGGAACAAAUGCUUAUAUGGCGCCUGAGCGGAUUUCAGGAGAACAGUAUGGAAUUCACUCAGACGUUUGGAGUCUAGGGAUUUCCUUCAUGGAGCUUGCUCUUGGGAGGUUUCCAUAUCCUCAGAUUCAGAAAAACCAGGGAUCUUUAAUGCCUCUCCAGUUAUUGCAGUGCAUUGUUGAUGAGGAAUCACCCGUCCUUCCAGCCGGGGAGUUCUCUGAGCCAUUUGUACACUUCAUCACUCAAUGCAUGAAAAAGCAACCAAAGGAACGGCCAGCACCUGAAGAUUUAAUGGGCCACCCAUUCAUUGUGCAGUACAACGAUGGGAAUGCAGAAGUCGUGUCCAUGUGGGUGUGCAGGAUGCUUGAGGAGCGGCGAUCGACCCAAGGACCACAGUGACAACAGCUCAUCCCGGACCAGCAGCACCAGCCCCAUGCUUUGGACUCACACUCUGGAUCAUAUUUUACUAAAAACAUUUUCUAGAAGCAUCAACAAAAUCUUUCAGGAUAUUUGUUGCUGCCUUUCCCUCACCACUACAUUAAGGAAUUCUCUUCCCACAUUUCUUUUGUUGCUGAGCAAUUUCAUGUCCUCAGAUUAUCUUCAGUUAAACUGUACACAGCCUUAAAGCAAGUAUUUUAUAUCUAUAUUUUUUUGUUAUUGAAUGUAUUGUAUAUUUCCUGGCUCCAGAGUAUUUUUUAACUGUUAAGUCUUUUGCUAUUGUAUGAAUGAGUGUUGAGAGGAUUUCGUUAAGGAGUUGUUGGCUGUCUUUGAGUGCAGACAUCCACUAACUACCGGGUUUAAAUGUAAAACAGAAGCAAACAAGGAAAAAUAGAAGGAUCUGGACUUGCCCAUCCUGCAGGGAGCUGAGGGAAUGCCCAGAGUAAAAGCUGGUCAGGUAGGUGAGCAUUGUACUCUCAGAUGACUGGUGGUGCCUCCCUUUAGGAAGCUGAGGGCCACAGCGCAGCCUUGUGCAGCACCCCCUGAGCUCGUGGCCAGAGAACAGGCUGCGGUGUUUUAUUUAGUAUCGCAGCAGUCCGUGGCUUGCUUGGGAGUAUCUUGCCUUUCUCAGCUCUACCUUGAUCCCUUAUUUUCCUGCAUCGGAGUUGCUGCAUGAUGGGUGCAUCUGGGUCAAGCAGAGGCUCCCAGGUUUGCUGCUACCAUAAAACAAAGUCCAAUUGCAGAGUCUGUGCUGUGUGUUUCUCACUCCUGCAGUUUCUGAGCACAUUCCCACAACAGCCUGACACAGAGUUCAUCAGUCUGUGUGUUAAGAUGCUUAUUAAAAAGAAGAGAGGAGGGUGAUGAAAGGCAAGUUUGGGGUGUGGCAUUUGGGUGGAGCAGGAGGUUGGGGCUUUUGUUUGCUUCUCUUUGCAUUAGAAAUAAACUUUUGCUAAAAAACCCCAAA